UCCUUUGCUUCCUCCCUUUGAGAUUAACCGCUGUCCAAGAAAUGCCCUCAUAAGUUUGAAAAUAACUGUUUCCCCCUCUUCUUUCUCCUCCCAGUAAGACAAAAAAAACACUACCGUUUUUAUUCCUUAACCUCUCCUUUCCUUCUCCGAGAAACGGAGUACCAGCCAUAGUUUCCUCAUAGUGAAGCUUGAAUUGUCCAAAAGACAGAGGAGGGAAGGAAACUUUAAAAAGCCAAUGACUUCCAAGGAAGAGCCUAAUCUGGAGGAGACUUCGAAGGAUUUGCGAAAUUCUAAAGAAGGGGAAAACAGAGCAAACUCAGAAGCAAAGCCUGAUGAUAGUAUCUGCGAUAGCUCCGAUCAAAACUCCCCUCGAGGUGUGCUAGAGAUCCCAAUAUCUGGAGCAGAUUCUGAUGGCAGCGGCGGCAGAAGCAGCGAAACUUCGUCGGUGGACCGAUCAAUUGCUCCAGAUGGAUCAGUGUUGGAGUCCCACAGCUUGCAAUGGAGGACUUUGAUUGGUGGCUUGAUACUGAGAAAGAAGAGGUCCAUGAUGAGGCUAUCAACAUUUCCGCCGGCGACAGCAGGCUUGGGCUUGCAGAGGACUCCAAGUGAGAAGGAUAGGAUUGAGAGUGGGGAAAUUACUUCAGAGACUGGAAGGGGAAGGCCCUCUUGGAGGAGCUUUGAUCACCAGGAGCUUGCAGCUGCAACUGAUAACUUCAGUCGAGAUAAAUUGAUUGGGAAAGGAGGACAUGCGGAGGUGUAUAAAGGAUGCCUUGCUGAUGGACAACUUGUGGCAGUGAAGCGGCUGACAAAGAAAGACAAUGAGGAGGAGAGAAUUGGAGAUUUCUUAUCAGAACUUGGAAUGAUUGCCCAUGUUAAUCACCCUAAUGCUGCACAACUACUGGGGUUCAGUGCAGAAGGGGGCCUGCACCUUGUUCUCCGUUUCUCUCCAUAUGGAAGCCUAGCUUCUGUGCUUCAUGGUUCGAAGGAAGGCCUCGAAUGGAAGGUAAGGUUUAAGAUUGCUUUAGGCAUUGCAGAAGGCCUACUCUAUCUCCAUGAAGGAUGCCAGCGACGCAUAAUCCAUAGAGACAUCAAGGCCUCGAACAUACUCUUAACUGAAGACUUCCAGCCUCAGAUCUCUGAUUUUGGACUUGCAAAGUGGCUGCCAGACAAAUGGACUCACCACAUUGUGUUCCCCAUUGAAGGGACAUUUGGAUAUUUGGCGCCUGAAUACUUCAUGCAUGGGGUAGUGAAUGAGAAGAUUGACGUGUUCUCUUUCGGGGUGCUGCUGCUUGAGCUCAUAACAAGGCGGCGAGCAGUUGACUCUUCUCAACAGAGCUUAGUGAUAUGGGUAUUAUUAGAUUUUACUUGCAAUAUUUUGCUUUAUGUUGCGUUAUGAUGCAUUAUAAGAUCUUUAUUUUAUUUUAAGGUAUUAAAUUUGCCUAAUGCCUAUCUAUGAAAUUCCUUUUGACAAAGGCAUGUCUAUGUGAUUCCUAGGCUGCAAUGGGUUGGGUUGGGAAAGAAAUUUCCUUGAACCAAUUGUGGUCCCAUCUCAAUUUUGAUACAAUAUCAUUUAGGUUCUACCAGGUCUAUCAAUGAAUUGGCUUGUCCAGGCAUGUCUUUUAAGUUUAAGAAUUCAUAAGGUACUGGCUUGGGUUAAAUUGGUUAAAUCCCGAUCUGACACCACAUUAAUGUCGUGCUUAUGCUACAAUAUAGAUUCUGAAAAAUUUGAUAGUGAUUAGGGUACAAGAUAGUUCAUCAUUCGAUGACAAAGGCAUUAUGAUUCUAACCAUCAUUUCAUCCUCAGUCAAUUCAAAUGCAUCAUUCUUAUCAUCCAUUUUUUUGCUUCAAUAGAAACUAAAAGAUCCUUCUUCUUUUCAUGUGAUGCAAAAUUGACCGAAAAUUAAAUUUUUUUCUUUUGACAGAGACCUGAAAAUUACUACUUGCUACUCAAUGAGAAGUUGCUAAAGUUUCAAAAAAUCAUGCUAUCUUGCAAAGCUAGGUAUUAGCAUUAUGGGGCAAUUUUUCAUUUCUGAGAUACAAUGC